UAAAAGAAGAUACAAUGUGAUCGCCGUCACGGCUCUUCUCUCUUCUCUCCAUCCGCUCUUUCGCGUCGGAGAUGGCGACCGGCAACCUCGGCUGCGUGGUGGUGGCGGUCGACGGCAGCGAGGAGAGUAUGAAUGGCCUCCGCUGGGCCAUCGAUAACCUCCGCCUCCGUCCCGCCGGCGAGGGCGCCGACGGAGCCGCGGAGGAGGCCGGUGCGCUCGUCGUCCUCCACGUCCAGUCUCCGCCCUCCAUCGCCGCCGGCCUGAACCCCGGAUCCGUCCCCUUCGGCGGCCCCGAUUACAUCGAGGUGCCAGCCUUCACGGCGGCAAUCGAGGCGCACCAGAGACGGAUCACGGAGGCGAUCAUGACGCACGCCCUCCAGAUUUGCGCUGGGAAAGAUGUGAAUGUCAAGACGCAAGUGGUGGUGGGUGAUCCGAAGGAGAUGAUAUGUGAGGUGGCCACCAACUUGCACGCGGAUCUACUUGUGAUGGGUUCCCGUGCUUUUGGGCCCAUCAAGAGGAUGUUCUUGGGAAGUGUAAGCAACUACUGCAUCAACCAUGCCAACUGCCCAGUUGUUGUAAUAAAAGGUUCAUCCUGAAGUGAAUAUAUUUCCCUGUGUGUGCUUGUUUGUUGUAUCUUAUUCCGUUUGAUGGUUCCUUUGUUUGCUUCCAUGGUACUAAAAUUUGUGGGGUCUCUUUCUGAAAGACUGGAAUUUGUCUCCCUUCAGUGUGUUUCACAGGAUUGUGUUGUUGUUAUGGGACGAAAUUUCUGUUUGGUAUUCUAAGGAUCUUCAUGUAAAGGGCGUAUUUGAUGAACAUUUGUGUAUCAUUUGCUAUUAAUUAUACUAGAAGUUAUUUAGUUCA